AUGGCUUCACGGGGUGAUGGCGUUACACCGCAACUGAAAUUGUCAGAAUUUUGGCAUGCAACCUUUGAUCGCAUCUUCCAGGUUUUCAGACCGGACGAGUGGACACUGGAGCCGACCGACAGAGGAAUGCCAAGAGAUUGGAGACAAUUUAAGGAUAGCGCCAAAGUCAAGUUUCUCUGUGAUUGCGGAAACUCCUGGACGUCAAUGAUGGGAAGGAUUAUAUUUUGGUACAAGAGGAGUGACGAGAAAAACAACAAGAAAGAAUUGAAGACGGAAGAAGAAAAAUGCACAAGUGACGAAGGACAAAAAGAUGAACCGAAGGAGACAAACAAAUACUCCUUGAGGUUCAGGCUGUACGGUCAGCAGUGCAAAAUGUGUGAAAAUGGGUUAUUCAUCAAUCCGCAGUGGUACGAGGACGAGGUCAAAAGAGUUCUGCAAAACGUUCAUAAAAAGAUAGGAAAGGAUUUCUACGAGUUUCCACAAGAAGACCCCAACAAUAGAAAAAGACACGGAAGAAUGCGCCAGUCACAUGACUCCAGACGCUGUCAAGCAUGCCAAGAGGGGCAAUGUAACAGCUGA